AUGUUCUCCGUGGACGACUCACAAUUUUUGAUGAAAAGUGAAAAUUUCAAGGAUUUCGAAUCAAACAUGCCUACCGAUGCGGCAUUGGACGUUAGGAACUGGAUGAGCCUUUGUUAUCGGAUUUAUGGAAACAUGCUGGACAAUACGGAAUUCUCGUUUGUUGUCAGUUUUCCGCAAAUCGUUUCUCAACUCUCGUUUCUGAUGUCAGUUUGUCCAAAACAAACGACCGGACUGCAAAGCGAGUUCAGCUGGAGCCCAACUACACGUGGAUUUGCACAUAAGAUUAUGCACAAAAACUUGAUGGAGAGCACCGAAUUGUUCAUGACGCGUUGGAAAAAGGAGAUGAUCGAUGCGGCAAAGCCGGGGAAGAUUAAAAGUGCUCGGCGAGCACUUUGCUAUCCGAAAUAUGCAAUUUCAUUCCAUUUGAACACGUUGGAAUGUCUUCGACGUUAUCUUGUUGAGUGGGUGAUGUUUGAUGGAACCGGCAGUCAUCAGCAAUGGAUCGGUCGGCAGUUGGGGAUCAACUACAAGGAUCAAGUUGUGAUCAAUGUUUGGCCGGACGAACUUCUGGCGAAAGACGAGCAACACGCUCACAAGAAGCCGCUCGGAAGACACGUGAAACCCGACGACGACGAAAUGGGCAAGAGAGCGCCGAUCCUCGCGUGGAUCAGCCACGCUCAGGUCGCUAUUCACCCCGAAAUUUUCGACAGCCAAUAUCUGUACACUUCCAAAAAAAUCGAUUAUAUUCGUAUCGCGGCGACUCCGACGAUGAAGAUUCAAGAGAAACCGUCGCAAUUGCCAUGGAAUAUGAUAAUACUGCCGUGCGCCAAACCGGACCUCUGCUUCAUCAUAAUUUACGACUUUUCGCGAAACCUGUGCACAUAUGAUGAUCUCCGCCUGCAUGUCAACGACUACCGUCCAUUCGCGCCGUGCAUCGUUCGAAGAUGCAUGAAACGGGCCGGCGAAGAGGCGCCGUCAACCAAGAAAAAUAUCUACUUCCCGUAUUGGAAUGAAACGGAGUUCUAUCCGAAUAAGUAUACCGAAUCACUUCAGAAAGUUGUGAAAAUGGAGGACACGUUUACGAAAGGCGGAUUCGACGAUUUGGCUUGUUCCAGCGCUCAACCGUCGGCGGGAGUCGGUGACAUUUACAAAAUGGGGCAUUUGCAGAAUUUCGCCACGAUGAGCUUCUUCAAUGUGGCCAGCUCGAAAAAGCCCUCCGCCGACGGAAAAGGCGCGAAAAACUCGAUCAACGAAAUAAUCGAACGCCACGUGGACAAUGAAGUUGUGCCGCACCCGUUUUGUGCGAUUCUAUGGGAUACAAAUCGGCAAGUUCCGGUUUUUAUGGGAAAAAUCACCGGCAAAAAGUUGGUCGAGGAGCAGGAGCCGGAGAAGCCGGGAUUUGUCGGCUCAAUUAUUAAAUGGUUGAAAUGGGAUACCUAAAACUUGUUCGAUACAAUUUAUUUUUUUUUAUUUUCUCUUUUUCCCGCUUUUAUUGUCGUAACAGAUUAAAAUUAAAUAAAUUUAUUCUGUAUAA